CAGCCUCUGACUGCCACCCAGAGCCUGGGGACACUGCCUCUGACUGCCCCCCAGAGCCUGGGGACACUGCCUCUCUGCAGGACCAGAGCCUGGGGACACUGCCUCUCUGCAGGACCAGAGCCCUGGGGACACUGCCUCUCUGCAGGACCAGAGCCCACACAGCCUGCACCAUGUGUAACCGAUUUGUGGGAACCUGGAAACUCAUCUCCAGUGAAAAUUUUGAUGACUAUAUGAAAGAGUUGGGAGUGGGCUUAGCUACCCGGAAACUAGGUGGCCUGUCAAGGCCUGAUGUGAUCAUCAGUAUGAAAGGGGACAUAGUGACCAUCAGAACUGAAAGCACCUUCAAAAACACAACCAUCUCUUUCAAGCUGGGCCAGCAGUUCGAUGAAACAACAGCAGAUGACCGGAAAGUCAAGAGUGUUGUAACCCUGGAGAAAGGGUCAUUGGUGCAAGUGCAGAAGUGGAAUGGCAAAGAGACCACGAUAAAGAGAAGACUUGUUGAUGGGAAGAUGGUGGUGGAAUGUGCCAUGAAAGGGGUUGUCUGCACUAGAGUUUAUGAAAGAGUGUGAAGAAGUUCCCUCUCUGCACUGGACUGGAACUGGCUCUAAAACCUCUGCUCAGUUCAGUGACUAAAGCAUCAUGCACUGUGCUUCUUUAUUUUAUUUCCUUUUAUUGGGAAAAUGACUACACUAUAAUUUGAUAUUUCAGAGCCAUAGUGUAACUAAUCCAAAAUAUUGUGGUGACCCAAUAAAAGCUUCUGAACACAGAAAAUAAAAUGUUUGGCUCCAUGUGAA